AUGUAGGUGGACUGAAUUGUCAAAAUAUUGUUAUGUUUGUUAAUUUUUUUGUUAUUACGGAGUGAAAAGAAAAUUUUUAAUUAAAAGCAUAAUCAUGAUCGUCAAUAAAUCGUAUUUUGCUGUUUUAGCUGGCACUUUUGCCGCGUUUGGUAGUUUAUUCGGGAAGUUAUCCGGAUUAGAAGCAUUUAAGGGGUAUUUAUUCGUAUGUAGGAUACUAUUUUUUUGUUUAAUGAUAGUCAGUAAUAGUGUGAGUUUGACCAUGUUUACUAAGGCUCUUCAUAAUUCGUUAUCAUCGUUGUAUGCAACUGUUACGUGUGCUGCUACAAAUUAUAUCAUUUCGGGUUGUCUUGGAAUUUUUUUCUUCCAAGAGGAAACAUCUUCCCUUUGGUGGUGUGGAAUAGGUUUAAUCUUAUUUGGACUCAACCUGGUGGCGAGAUAGUAUUUUUAUAGAUAAAAUAUCAUAUU